GACAGUAAAUAAAUAGGUUGGGUUAGAUGAAUUAAUAUGUGAUGUCAAUUUGAUUUUAAUGUCUCAAUUGUAUGAUAAAUUUGAAAGAAGUUUGACUAUUUAUCGAGUGAUAUUUUAAGUAAUAUAUUGCAAAAAUUCAAAAAUGAGUACGAACGCUGAAAGAGUUAAGGAAGAAAUUGAAGCAUUGGAAGCAAUAUUUAUGGAUGAUAUUUCCAUAAGUUAUGAUGAAAAGGGAAAUGCAGAGGGAAUUAAGAUGACGAUAUUUCCUUCUACAGCUAAUGAUACAGGUAAACAAUAUGUUUGUUUGACACUGGAAGUUUCAUUACCAAAAUUAUAUCCUGAUUGUGAACCCAAAAUUGAGUUGAAAAACCCCAGAGGAUUGGAUGAUUCAGUAUUUGAUAAUUUAUACAUUGCUUUGAAAAAUAAAUGCUUGGAAUAUUCUGGCCAGCCAGUCAUUUAUGAGUUAAUAGAGCUAGUCAGAGAAAAUUUGACAGAAAGUAAUUUACCUACUUGUCAAUGUGCUGUAUGUUUAUACGGCUUCUGUGAAGGGGACGAUUUCACUAAAACACAGUGCUUUCAUUAUUUUCAUUCAUUCUGUCUAGCUAAGCAUUUAUUAAUAACUGAAAAACAUUACAAAGAGGAACAAGAAAAGUUACCACCGUGGCAAAGGAGUACCAAAGGUUUUCAGGCUGUUUGCCCAGUAUGUCGUGAAGCAAUAAACUGUGAUGUAGAUGAUCUCAAGAAAGCUGUUGCUCCAAGACAAUUAGAAGAUGCUCAACAUUUUUCAGUCAGUAGCGAAUUGAGAAUACUCCAAGCUAAGAUGCAAGAACUUUUUUCAUAUCAAAAGAGUAGAGGUGGUAUUAUUGACAUAGAGGAGGAGGAAAAUAAACACCUGCUCAUAACUAAUUCAUCUGAGGACUCUUCACAGAGUGAUGAUCCAGGACCCAGUUUUGGACCAGUCGACAAUACUCCAAGGACGAACCCAAUUGAUCGAAAAAUGAAAAAACAUACGAAUUCUAGGUGACCCAAACUACUAACUGAAAUUUCAAACCAAAUUUUUCCAUAUUUAUUUGUAAUAUAAUGGUAACUAGAUGUGCUGUAUGAAAUAAAAAAAAUUUAGAGAUU